AUGAGCACCUUUCCGUUGCCCUUGGGUGCAUAUGCGGCCUUUGAAGCCCUCUUCGACACGACUGCACCAACUGGGCCUGCUUCGCUGCCGGUUCCAAAUCCAACCCGUGCAUUCUGGACACAUCCUGGACUGUCAAAGGACUGGCCAUACGACGAAAAUGAUCCCGAGGGCAAUAAACGUAUCAAUCCGUAUGCCAAGGAGGGGAGCGAAGGUGCAUUGACGCAAAACGCGGACGCGGUGAUUAUUGGUGCUGGAAUUAGUGGUAUCAGCGUCGCUCUGGAGCUUGGGAGACUUGUUCGAGAGCAGAGAAAUGGACAGAAGCUCAAGGUUGUCAUCCUUGAGGCUAGGGACUUUUGCUCUGGCGCUACAGGACGGAAUGGUGGCCACCUUACCGCAGCAAUAUCACACAACUACUCCACUCUGGCAAAGAUGUAUGAGCCAGAAGAGGUCAAGCGCUGCUUCCUACUUGAGAGGCAUACCGUGUCAUCUAUUCUGGCAUUAAUUGAACAGAAUGGUUGGGGAGAGUACGUCAACUUGGUCGAAGGGGGACAUAACGUGCUCCUAUUCUCAGACGAUGAGGAGAAGACGGCCAAAGAGGAUUGGGAAAUGGCCGUUGAGGCAGGGGUGGUCACCAAGGAUCAGAUUACAUGGUUGACGAAAGAUGCGACAGAGAAGCAAUAUGGUGCAUCCUAUCCGAUGUGGCGAAGUGCAGGACACAACCUUUGGCCUCUCAAACUCGUCACCAAGAUGUUUGAACUAGCCCGCGACGGACCGUCUAGAAACUCCAAGACGGAAGACUUCGUAGGGCUCGCAGAUACCAAACGUGGCUGGUCUAUUGGCAACAUUGUGGGCGGCCUGUUUACGAAGCAGACUACAUCACAAGCAGAAAGCAAUGCGCCUCCUCCAUACGAACUCGUUCUACAUACCCAUACCCCAGUGCACUCGGUUCAACGCAAUCGACAUUCUGACGAGUACAAAUGGGAGCUCACAACCUCUCGCGGAGCCAUCUAUGCAAACAAGAUCGUCUACGCUACAAAUGCGUAUACAUCUCACCUCGUUUCCCAUCUCACUGGACCAAAUGGUAUCGUGCCCGUACGGGGACAGGUAGUGGCCAUCCGGGCCUUAGUUGGGUAUACGGACGAAGGUUGGCCAGGCGGGGAUGGGCUAAGUAGAAGUGGAUGGAGUGGAAAUGAGGGAUUCGAAUAUUGGUUCCCUCGUCCACACCCUCGAUCGUCUACCAUUAUGGAUGACAACCGUCCAGAGUUGCAAAAGCCACUGAUCAUAUUGGGUGGUGCACGAGAAACGACGAAAGAUCGUGGAUAUGGGAUGUACGAGACAGAUGACUCGGUGCUCGACCCAGAGGCCAGUCAUGGCCUACGAACGUUCUUGGGACACGUCUUCCCUGGCAGGUUCCCUUCGAAUGAGCAACACGGAAACGAGGAUGAUGUCGAAGUCGAAUGGUCUGGGAUAAUGGGAUUUACAAAGUCGGGAGAUCCCUUUGUCGGGAGGCUCAAAGAUGCUAAUGGGGAUGUUGUUGAAGGACAAUACAUCGUCGCUGGAUUUACGGGACACGGGAUGCCCCGUGUGUAUGGAUGUGCACAAGCGCUGGCAUCUCUAGUGUGGAGAGACAUUGCUCAUCCAGAGACAACCUGGACGCCACCAGACUUUCUGCCACGCCAUUAUCUUACAGAGACAUUUUGA